AUGGUCGAUUACGAGUACAACGAUGGACAAGAGCAGCUUGGAGUUGAAGAUGUGCUUGAGUCUGUUGGGUAUGCCGCCGGUUUCCUAGAUGGAUGGGUUGCAGCGCAGACAAGUGAUCCAUCGACAAACACCUCCCCUGUCGGGUCACGUGUUAUAGAAUUGCCUGCAGAAACACCGCACGUGAUGAGCACAGAUGACGACCACAACAACAUCACCAAUAACCUGAACCAUGCCUUUCCAGUCGACUAUGGUACGUCGAAUAAGAGCUUAUCACAUCCAGAAAUACCCGCAAUUCUCGCGAGUGGCACAGAAUGGCCCGUUGUUACACCUCAAACGAUGACCAUCUGGCAGAGUCCCGAGUCAAUCUCAACUUCUUCAAGUGACGGACGGUCACCGCCAUACGGUUGGUCAAACAGAGCUCAUGAUGUAUCUUUAUCUACUACAAUCAGUAAUUCGACUCGGGCAAGCUCGAAUUCCAACGAUGUGUUCGAAACCAACACAAUCGUUUUCAUUCCAGUCGAAACCCCUCUUGAGAAAGCCGGCACACGCAACAAGCGAGUCUUCCCAAGUUCGCAAGCCAUCGAGAAGUCGGUACGAAAUGUGAACAAACGCUCGAAGCAAUCGAAGAAACAGCCUUCAGGACCAGGCGUGACAAAACCAGCCACUCGAGGCAAGGCCGUUGCUCAAAUGGUAUGGCGGGCUUAUGGGUCUGAAAGAUGCAAGCCAAACGAGGAAUCGAGACUUCGCACUGCUAGGACUAGGGACGUUGGUGCUUGUGAUACGUGCCGUAAGAAUAAACAACGUUGUGAUCAGUCGUUGAAAGACCUUUUUGUGCCUUGUGACAGAUGCGUGAAGAAGCCAUUUAAUCUUCUCUCGAUGCCUUGCUGCCGUAUUGAGAUUGUUGAUAUCAAGCUCUUUAGGUUGGGAACCACAACUACACCAGCUACUCUUCAGCAAUGGAUGCUUUCAAAACAAAGCCCGCCUGAAGGUUCCAUUGUUCUGUAUAAUGGAAACUCGUCGUUAGGACCUCCACGGCAGAUCUACUUAGCUCAAGAGGUUAACACCACCACCUUCCCGGUGACCGUCACUCGCUUUCAUCCUGGGCCGCAAGAUACCACUGCCUACAAGUGGACUGAUACAGCCGGGGUGAAGCAGGAGUACGAAAUGCCACCUUACUACAUCGUCGAUAUGGCAGAGACUGGAGCGAGCAUGCGUCAAUAUGCGCGAGCGGUGAUGCCGGAACUGACUCAAAAACUCCUCGUCAACGCCAAUCCAAUAGUCCGGAAAACGUUCAAAGAAGCGGAGCGGUAUUAUAAUACUUCAAAGAGCAAUCUUGUUGCCGCUGCGUUGAUGUUCUGGUCAGCGACACGUAUGAUUGAAAGGUUCUGGCUGAUCUGCGGAAACGACACGCUUGGAUUACCUCCAAUGGACGAAAAUCUAGGCUUCUGCCGUCGUAGUCAGUUCUUUCCCUCAGUUCCCGUUACCCCAGUCAUGGAUACACAGCUUGACGAGCUGGCCAUCGAACACGUUCUCAUUCCGUUGAAAACGAAACUUCUUCGUAUUCUCAAAGCUCGUGUGUUAUCGAAGAAGAAGGAAUUUUGGUAUGAAAUCUACCUUACUUGCUUCAUCAUUUUGCACAAUUCAGAGCGAGUCAAUGAGCAUAUAUUAGAUUUCUCUCGUAGAUUUGGUGUUAUGCCUACACCAAAAUCAAACGACGAGUCAUCACUAAGUCAAGCAUACUAUCACGGUUGCAAGACUAUCCUAGCAUACUUCCAUUUCGCUUCUGGCGGUGCGGCUCCGCUGUCAUUGGAUUGGGACACUCCGCCUCGAGAUGUGCCAGAUAUGACGCCUGAGCAGAUUGCUUACAUGCGCGACAUAAAAGCGGACGUUCUCCAUCAAGAUCAUCAACUGCAAAUUAUCAAAACCUCGUCUAUGUAUGAGAAUGAGAUGUACUGGACUCAUCAAAUGCUGUCUCAGGACUGGAAAGCAGAUAUGCCACAUGCUGGAAGUCUGUUGGAGUUUACUGAGACCGACUUCUUGGUAGCAUAA